AAAGUUAUCUCCUCUUUGCUCAUUCAACUCUUCUGUGUCAGGCAGAUCAGUAGAAUUAACAAAGGGUAAUCUCAACCUUGAAUUUAAAUCCCAGAUAGAAUAAACACCCGACUUGACCUGACAGGUAGAUAACACUGGUAUAACAAAGUACACAGACACUGCACUGGGGGACAGCCGCCAUUACUGUGUGAAGUCAGUGUCAUAGAUCUGAUGAUGGACCCCCGUACCACUGCCCAGGACGUGAUGCAAUGUGAUUUGUGUGAGACCGCCCUGGUACAGAUGUACUGUGAUACGUGCCUCGUCAAUCUGUGUAAGGCCUGCGUGGGAGAACACACGUUUUCUGAUGAAUCCAAGAAACAUGAAAUUCUAAGGUUUCGAAAAUCCACCCCGCUCUACCCUGGAUGUACCUCUCAUGACAAAGAACGCUGUGAAAUGUACUGUAAUCCUUGUCAUAUUCCGGUCUGCCAUACCUGUCUGGCAUCAAAGCAACAUUUAGGUCAUGAAUUAUCAAAAAUAUUGCAAGUUUUGGAGGAAAAGAAAGAAAAGAUGCCAAGGAGAAAAAUGAAUUAAAUGAAACAAUUUAUCCAGCCUACCAGGACAUUGUAUCUGAUAUACAAAACAGAAUGAGUCAGUUAGAAAAGAAAUAUGAAGAUCUCUCAACAGCCAUAACAAAACAUGGAGAGGACUGGCACAGAGAAGUUGACAAACUCGUCCAGAAACUGAAAGCUGAAGUGGAGGAGAUGAAAACCACACAGUUACACACUUUACAGAAACAUCUGGAUGAAGUGAACAAGAAAAUCUCUGACAUCAAUGAUGAAACAAUUCAAUUGAUGUUGCUUUGGACUCUAAUGACAUGUCAAAAGUAUUUGUUGUUAUGCCUAAUUUAGAGGAAUACAAAAAGCUUCCACAGAAAAUUCUGCCCUUUUUACCUAAAUUCAUCACCACCAUACACACUGGGUAUGGAGAACUUUACAAUGUGGCCUGUCUGAGUGAUGAAGAAAUCUGGACACGUGGAGAUAAAAACACCAUGAAACUCUUCAGCAUCAAUCAGGGAUCACUACUCAAGUCAAUCACAACUAAAUUAGGAAACCUUCCAAAGGACCUAGCAGUUACAAACAGUGGUGAUCUGGUUUAUGCUGAUUACUAUGAUAGAACUGUGAACAUUGUGAAGAAUGAAGAGAUACAGACCGUGAUCAGACUACAGAACUGGAAACCUGAGCGUGUUUGCAGUACCUCCUCAGGAGAUCUCCUGGUUAUCAUGAUCAGUGAUGAUUACAGACACUCCAAAGUUGUGCGUUACUCUGGCUCCACAGAGACACAAACCAUUCAGUUUGAUGAUCAGGGUCGUCCUCUGUAUUCAUUUGGUUAUUACAAUAAAUACAUUAGUGAGAACAGGAACCUGGAUAUCUGUGUAGCUAUCAAUGGAGCUAAUGCAGUAGUGGUGGUCAAUCAGGCUGGAAAACUGAGAUUCAGGUACACUGGACAUACUCCUGCUCCAAAGAGCCAACCAUUUCAUCCACGAGGAAUCACCACAGACAAUCAAAGUCACAUUCUUACAGCUGAUUAUGACAAUCACUGUGUCCACAUCAUAGACCAGGAUGGCGAGUUCCUCCGUUACAUAGACUGUGGACUGCGUUAUCCAAGGGGACUGUGUAUAGAUGCAAAUGACAAUCUGUUUGUUGUUCAAUAUAGAAACAAAAUAGUGAAGAAAAUCAAAUAUCAGCAGUGAAAUUAAACAUCAGAGAUAGAUUUAGACAGCAGUGAAAUUAAACAUCCUCCUAAAACUGAAUAUUUACAUGUAGAAAUGUAUCCUGUUUCAAAGGACUUUAUUUCUCAAUAAAUAAUUCUUAUUGUA